CAACGUCAGCAAGUCAAUGAACCGUUGACGUUUAGUACUUUGUAUUUUUAUUAAAAUUUAAGAAAAAUAAACAUGGAAGCUUGUUUAGCAGUGGAAAAGGAUGUAGAUAAAGUAUUAACAAAAUUUGAAUCUAUCAAUGAUCAUUCAAACCGAGUAUUAUCUGAAUUAGUAAAUCAACUUGACGACCUCAAGAAUGAAUUACAAAAUGCUCCAGAGGAUCAUGUCCUCACAAAUGUUCAACAGGAGUUGCUCAAACAGACAAUGACUAAAGUUAAAGAUACCAUUUCACGUUUAGCAACUGAACACAGAGAUUUACAUAGCUCAGUUUCUAAAGUUGGCAAAUCUAUAGAUCGAAAUUUUGUACAAGACUUUGCAGCUUGUAGCCGUGAAGAUGUAUUUAAUUCAGCAGAAAAGAUCCAAAUUAUUAAUAAAAUUAUUUGCCAACAUUAUUACAGACAAGGUAUGCAUGACAUUGCUGAUGCACUAGCUGAUGAAUCAGAUAUAAAUGUAGAAAGCCACGAAAAGGAACCAUUUACUGAAUUGCACCAUAUCUCAGAAAGUCUUAAAAAUAAGGACCUAGAACCCUUAUUAGCUUGGGCAACUGCUCAUCAUUAUGCAUUAGAAGCACAAAAUUCUUCACUAGAAUUUAUGAUUCACAAAUUAAAAUAUAUAGAACUGCUUAGAAAAGGACCAGCCUACCAAGGAGAUGCAAUCACCUAUGCCAGAACUUAUUUUAGAAAAUUUGUCCAACGUCAUGAAAAAGAUAUACAAACACUUAUGGGAAUGCUUCUUUAUGUACAAAAUGAUAUAACUCAGUCACCAUAUAGCACCUAUUUUACUUCUGAUAGUGAGAUGUGGCUGGAAAUUUAUGAAAUGUUUAUUAGAGAUGCUUGCCAAUUACUGGGUGUAUGUGUAAAUAGUCCACUAAUUACAUGUAUAAAUGCUGGUUGUCAAACUAUACCUGCGCUACUUAAUAUCAAACAGGUCAUGAUGCAGCGACAAGUAACAGGAAUAUGGAAAGGCAGUGAAGAAUUACCUAUUGAAAUUGACUUAGGAACAGAUAAUAGAUAUCACUCUAUGUUUGCUUGCCCUAUUUUAAGACAACAGUCAACCAAAAAUAAUCCCCCAAUGAGAUUGAUUUGUGGACAUGUGAUAUCAAGGGAUGCAUUGCAAAAAUUAUGUAAUGGAAACAAAAUGAAAUGUCCAUAUUGUCCAAUGGAGCAGGCACCUCAGGAUGCUAGGUUAAUAUACUUUUGAACUUCUAGAAACUACAUCAGUUACAUGUCAAGAUAAAUAUUAUUUUAGCUUGGCACUACUUAUUAGGGGAUACAGCUUCUGUGAGUAUUUAUCGAUUUUAACCUCAUAGGGAGAUUCAUCUCCUAGAAAUACUAUCUAAUGAUAUUUUGGUAUUAUUUCUUAAUAUUAAACUUUCUAUUUGCGAAACCAUGACUGCCAUUGUUACUGUCUUUUAAAAAAUCGUUAGAGGAAUUGCCACAGUGUUUUUAUAGUACGAAAUUUUAUACUUUCAACAUUUUUUUUAUUUGUUCUUAUAUAGGUAGUGACAGGUUAGAAUAAUAGUUACUAAAUUUAUUUAACAAAUUUUUGUGAUCUCUGAAAGUCGAUUAUUUUGUUUUUGAAUAUUUAUAAGACGUAAGAUUUUAUAAUAUAUUACUUAUAAGAUAUACAAACUUAUUAGUAAACGGUUUAUGAUUUACUAUAAGAUGGUGUUUUCUUUAUGGGGUUUUAAUGUUUAUUUUCUAGCAACAAUAAACUUUGAAAUGUAUUUAUAUUUUGCCUAUUCCUAAUAAUUGUAUGAACAUUUUUUUUGUUUGUAAUAUUUUCAAUGUAUUCAAUAUGAAAUAAUACAUAAACUUAUUUGUUUAGUUGGUGUUUCUAUUGGAUUAAAAAAUGUGAUAUAAAUAAAUUUUAAAGCUGUCUGUUUCUGUUCACUUGUAAUUAUAUUUCGUAGAUAAAUUAUAUAUUGUGUACAAACAUUAGAUAACCAUUUGUCAAAAUAAAUUGUAAACAUUA